CUUUUCUACCCGAAACUGACACCGCCCAGCAGCGCCGCUUUCGACAACGCCCGGCCAACGCCAAGCUAUUAAUAUACGAGUCAAGGGGAGAGGAUGGGGCCAUGCCGCGGUGACGGCACAUCCGCCUGGGUUACCUUCUCCGAGGAACUUUUUUAGUGCUUCCAUGCACGCACUCACUCACUGUUGGAAGCGCACUCGGCUGACGUUUAGCGCUUGGAGGCGAAUCGGCCACCACCACCACUGCCACCAACUCAUGCGCUUGCUUGGUGCCGCGGGACACACGCGCCAUCGUCAUCGCAUUACUCUUUCCUAAGGGUCCGUCGCCAUGGCCGGCUCCGUGAAGAAGUACGCCGGCAGGAGAUCGAUGGAUGGCUUAGAGUCUUGUCGGUUCAACUCUUCCCCCUUAGCGGUGCCGCUGAUCAAGACGUCGGAGGCCUAUCAUGAUGCCCUGCUCAAGCCCGACGGGCCCAACAGGUCCGUGUUCGGAUCAUCUGCCGUCCCUGAGAUUCUGUAUUUGUGGCGCACAUGGACAUUCUAUGGACUAUGGAGACUCAUCUCUACAUCGUACACCACCUCCACCUCCUCCUCCUCCUCCUCCUCCUCCUCCUCCCCCAGCCCAACAACCCAAUAACCUUGAUGUUUAUUUUUGUUUCUUCUUCGGCGCCCCAGAAACCCUGAAUCGGACCGGCUGCGAUCGGCAUGGCGUUGUCUCUCUGGCCGGGAAGGUUGGGAAAGAGUCCAAAUGGUUGUCCCCCCGUCUUUUCUAGAAGUGGCAUGUUAACAUGUUCUGGACUCUCUCGUCUGGACAGCUAACAUCAUUGUUUUGCGACCGACCACCGUCCUCGAUGGCACCCAGGAGGCAACAACCCGACCUUGAGAGCACCUUGUGACGAUCUUGGGGGGUUUGCGGGUCACCUAAAUUCGCGCACCAGACGAUGAUCCCGCGGAGUGGAGGCACCGCUCGACCGAGAACCCAGCGUGCAUCCAAGGCAGGCGGAUGCCGAGAUAGGGAUAGACACUGGAUGGGAGUCGAGAUCCACGUGUGCGCAUUCAUCCAACACGCCGGAUGGACCCAGUCAGGUUCGUAAGAUAUACAUAGUAGAUGGGCCUUGACUGAGUCAACCAGCC